AUUGGGAGAGCAAGCAAAGCUAGGCACAUUAUUAUAUAAAGGCUUGUGUUUGUUGGUAGGAUUUCAUGUGUAGUAUAUCGUUCUCUUUUCUUCUCAUUGAUAUCUCUAAAACUCUCUGAACAGAGUAAUAAGUUGGUAGAAAUAGAAAGAAGAGAAGCUCAGAAGCUCAUAUCAUCAUAUCAUAUAUAUAUAUAUAUAUCUUUUCCCCGGAGGACAAAACCACAAGCAGCUGUCUGAAAAGUACGUACUAAGCUUCACAUUAUGGCUGAGAAUGGAGAUAAUAAUUCCCAUAACAUAGCAAAGAAGAGUAUUAGCAGUAGUAAGUGGAAUUUGCCUGUUGGUGUUUUCUUCAGAGAUGCAAGGCAUGUUUUCAAGUGGGAUGCUCUUGGAAAAGAGAUUCUAGGGAUGGCUCUACCUGCAGCCUUGGCUGUAGCAGCUGAUCCCAUUGCUUCUCUAAUUGACACAGCUUUCAUUGGCCAUAUUGGGCCUGUGGAGCUGGCUGCAGCUGGUGUGUCCAUUGCCUUGUUCAACCAAGCCUCGAGGAUCACCAUUUUUCCACUGGUCAGCAUUACAACCUCGUUUGUUGCUGAGGAAGAUACUGUUGCAAACAUGAAAUUGAAAGCUGCCCAUGUUGAGAGUAGUGCCCUUGAUGACAUGGAGAAAGGUGCAGCCAAGCUAGAACCUAAAGGAGAUGAUGAUGAUGAUGAUGAUGAUGAUGAUGAUGAUGAUGAUGGCAAGCUUGAGAAUGAAAAAUCCAAUUCUAAAGAGACUAAAUAUGAUUGCAAAGACAGUGAUGCAAAAGGUUUAUCAGAACCAGAGAAUAAUGUGGGCAAGUUGGAGAAAACCAAAGUAAAAAAGGGAAAAAGACAUAUUGCUUCAGCAUCAACAGCUCUCAUUUUUGGCAUAAUACUAGGCCUUGUUCAGGCAAUUUUUCUUAUGUUUGGAGCCAGAACUCUCUUGGGAGUAAUGGGAGUGAAACAUGACUCUCCUAUGCUAGCCCCAGCAGAGAAGUACUUAGUCACAAGAGCAUUUGGUGCUCCAGCAGUUCUUCUAACCUUGGCUAUGCAGGGUAUCUUCAGAGGGUUUAAGGAUACAACUACACCUUUAUAUGUCAUAAUGUUGGGAUAUUCAUUGAAUGUUGCCCUUGACCCUCUCCUUAUCUUUGUCUGCCACUUGGGAAUCAGAGGUGCAGCCAUUGCACAUGUUCUUUCUCAGUACUUGAUGGCUUUCACCCUCUUCUUGAUUUUGAUGAGAAAAGUUAACCUCUUACCUCCAAGUCUUAAGGAUUUGCAGUUCGGUCGGUUUCUUAAAAAUGGUGGUUUCUUGCUGGCAAGGGUGAUAGCUGUGACAUUCUGUGUCACCUUAGCAGCAUCUUUGGCUGCGCGGCUUGGUGCUACACCUAUGGCUGCAUUCCAAACUUGCUUACAGGUCUGGUUGACAUCUUCUCUGCUCGCCGAUGGUUUGGCCAUCUCCAUUCAGGCUAUUCUAGCUUGUGCAUUCGCAGAGAAAGACUACAAGAAAGCCACAGCUGCAGCUAACCGUGUACUACAGAUGAGUUUUGUUCUAGGAGUGGGGCUUACCUUCGUUGUUGGACUUGGUCUGUUCUUUGGAGCAGGAAUCUUCUCUAGAGAUGUUCAUGUUUUGCACCUCAUAAGAAUUGGCCUUCCGUUUGUUGCAGCAACUCAGCCCCUCAACUCCUUGUCAUUUGUGUUCGAUGGUGUCAACUUUGGUGCCUCUGACUUUGCAUACUCAGCAUACUCCUUGGCUCUGGUAGCGGUAGCAAGCAUAACAGCCUUAAUUACUUUGUCCAAAAGCAAUGGUUUUGUUGGAAUCUGGAUUGCUCUAACCAUCUAUAUGGGGCUGCGCAUGUUUGCUGGUAUAUGGAGGAUGGGGACUGGAACUGGACCAUGGCGCUUUCUCAGGGUUCCAUUUGCAGCAUCAAGCUAGCUCCACAUGUAGAGCUUUAUAUAUAUAUAUAUAUAUAUAUAUAUAUAUCCAUUGCUGUUACCCUGAGUGUUGGAGACUUUGUUAUCUGUAUUUUGUGUAGUUUAUUUUUACAUCAUUUUUGUUUAGUAGUUCAUAUGUUUGUACUGUAAUUUCCUCCAUAUAUCUUUCGUUUGGAGGGAAAUGUUUUGAGAGUUGCCAUAUAUAUACACUAUAAAUAUAUAUUAUAUAUUUCCUUGUUUUUGUGU